AUGGACGAGCAGAUCAAAGAUCAAUUUCGUUCCAUUAAUGAUCAUUUUAUCUCGAUCGAUCAUCGAAUUUCUGCAAACGAAUCUCGAUUUGAUGGAAAAUUGGAGGAGAUUUUGCAGAUGAUGCGAAAUCUUAAAGAGGUUGGAACUGGCAGCAACGCAAAUAGGAGUGAAUCUCUGGUGACACCUCCUGGAGGUAAUGUCAAAACCCUAAGUUUCACACCUAAGGUUGAAUUUCCUAGAUUUGAUGGAACUGGACCUAAAAACUGGGUGAAAAAAUGUGCUAAAUACUUUUCACUCUGUAAGAUUCCUGAAGAUCAACGAGUAGAUCUUGCCAGUUUGUAUAUGUUUGAUAAGGCUGAAGUUUGGAUUUCUAACUACUUAACUACUCGUAAACAAGUUGAUUGGGGAGAGUUUGUAAUUGAUUUGAGUGCCAGAUUCAAGGAUGAUAUUAGUCAUGAUAUAGUAGAGCAAUUCAAUAAGCUUCAGCAGUAUACUACUUUAGAAGAGUAUAUUGAUGACUUUGAAAAUUUGCGUUCACUACUGUUACAGAGUAAUCAUACUUUACCUGAGACAUAUGUGCUUGAGAGUUUUAUUGGAGGUUUGAAACCUGCUGUUAAACCGUUUGUGAGAGCCUUUAAGCCUGUGUCAGUGGCUGAUGCAAUUUUAUAUGCCAGACUACAGGAAGAAUCCUUGAGUAAUACUCACAAAACAGCAAAACUUCCUAUGUCCCCUACUAUUAAGCCAAUAUCACAAGGAUUUACUAAGGAAAAUCCAAAACCAUUUAAGUUCAUUCCUGCUGAGGUUAGGGCUGAGAAAAUGGCUAAAGGAUUGUGUUACUACUGUGAUAAGAAAUAUGAAAGGGGACAUAAAUGUCAAUUUAAAGAAGCUCAGUUAUUCACUGUGGAAAUUCCUUGUGAUACUACAACAGUUAUUACAGAAGAAGAAGUAGAAGGAAUGGUGCAAGAGGAGUUUUCUGAUGAGCCUUGCAUUUCUGUUAAUGCUUUAAUGGGGAGCAACACUUUUAAUACUAUGAGAGUUCAAGGUUGGGUGCAAGGGAAACCUAUUCAUAUAUUGAUUGACUCUGGAAGUACUCACAAUUUCUUGGAUAUAAAAACAGCACAGCAACUAGGUUGUAGGAAGGAAAGUAUUGGUCUGCAGGCUAUCACAGUAGCAGAUGGAAAUCAUAUAGCUUGUCAACAUGUUGUAAAAAAUUUUGGUUGGAAGUUAGGAGGAAAAUUUUUCAAUGCAGAAGCAAUGUUGAUUGAGUUGGGUAGUUGUGAUAUGGUAUUGGGAAUUCAAUGGCUUAGCACUUUAGGGAAUAUUAAUUGGGACUUCAAAAAAUUGAUUAUGGAGUUUGUAAUUGAGGGACAGAAGGUGAAGCUUAAGGGUAUAGCUUCUCAAAAAUUAAAGGUGCUAAAAGGUCAACCUUCUCUCAAACUGUUGCAGAAUAGUACUCAACUGUGUUUGUUACAGUUAAGACAAGUUGGUGUAUCAAGCAAUGAAUUGUGUCAGCUGGAAAAAUCUCAAGAAACUUCCAUACCUGACAAUACAAAUGCAGACAUUCAUACCAAAUUAAGAGAGCUGAAGGAACAGUACCAUGAUAUAUUCAAAGAACCAGAUCAGUUGCCUCCAGUAAGAGGAUUAUUUGAUCAUAGAAUACCUUUAGGGGUAGGUUCUAAUCCUGUCAGUAUCAGGCCUUACAGGUAUCCUCUAAAACAAAGAGACAUCAUAGAAAAUAUUAUUGAGGAAAUGUUGCAGAAGGGCAUAAUUCAGCAGAGUGCAUCUCCUUUUGCCUCUCCUGUGGUAUUAGUUGGAAAAUAA